ACCCUAGGAAGCUUGUGCAAAUGCUGUAAAGCUGUUUGCGCAGUUUCCUCUAUGUCUACAGCAGGGGACUGCAUUGAAGCUCUUCGUCAACACAAGCAGAAAACAAGAGUUGAAAGUUCAGUAGAUGGCUGUCCAAAGCAAGUGACAACGGACCGUCUAUUUGUGCUAGAUGCAGAAAAUGGGGAGUUACGGGGCUAUAUACUUAUUGAAGAAUUACUUUUUGUGGAACUGGAGCAAAAUGUAACAGUAUUUAUGAAGAAGUGCGAUGUGGUAUUUCGGGACGACACGAGUUUGGAGAUUGCUGCGAGAAAAGUUCGUAGUUUUGGCGUGUUUUGUGCGCCAGUUGUAGACAGUGAAGGAAACUUUCUUGGAAUAGUCAAUGCUUUGGAUAUUAUUCGUGAAGUUGAAUUUGAGGCUGCAGAAGAUUUUAUGCGGGUCAGUGGAUUGAAUUCAGUGGAUGUCUUCCAAUCCUAUUUUGAGACUUCCUCAUUUUCACUUAUUCGAGAAAGACUCUCUUGGCUUGUUGCUUUGUUACUGUUUCAAAGCAUCUCUUCCAUUAUUCUAGGCUUUUUCCAAGACCUCAUUGAAAGACAUGUAGUGAUUGCCUUAUUCCUUACUAUGCUUAUAGGGACAGGAGGCAACGCAGGGAACCAAUCUUCGGCUAUUGUUAUUCGUGGUUUAGCAACUGGAGAAAUUGAUCGCAGAAAUGCGUACUUAGUUGUUUCAAGAGAGUUUCGAAUUGCAGUUAUCAUGGCCAGCAUUUUGAGCAUUGUUGGCUUCGUUAGGGUUUUAUUUACUGUGCCAAAUAAUAUCAAAGCUGCGUUAACUGUAUCUAUUGCUCUUUUUCUCAUAGUGAUUUCUUCAAUUGUGGCUGGAGCAGUGACUCCUUUGCUAUUAGAACAAUGUGGUGCUGACCCUGCAUAUUGUGCUAGUCCAGCCCUGGCAACUGCUACAGAUGUGGUAGGAGUCUUGCUUAUUUGCGCUGUGGCAAUUGUAGUUUUGGGAUAUCCUUCAUAACAGUCGUCAGAAAUGUAAUACAACAACUG